CCGAUCCCUUUUUUCAACCACCGUGGCGCUGAUGGGGCUUUUAUGUUGAACACUCACCUGUCCGUGUUUGGACAGGUUCGUGUCGUGUUCUGCCUGUCUUGAUGAAGUUGUGGAAGGGGGCAGAUGCUGGUGUGAGAUUUCACCCCUCAUCCCACCCAUUGUGCCGCGUCGUGUGCGCCUUAACGCGAGCCGAGCCGGAGGGGCGCACUCACUGACCGGGGCCAGAGGGGAGCUCUUUACGAUAUUAAGGCUUAUCCAGAGUGGCCAGGUGAAGAUAACGAAGUCAGGGUGGUGUUUUGUUUUCUUUGCAAAGGUGAGAGACACCGGGAGAGUGGCGCGCUGCUGCCGGUAGUGCGUAACGCAGCCGCUCCGGGCAGCUGUGUGCGGUCACGGUGUGUCCGGUCCCGCUGCCCAUGACACGGGAGCAAGUUUUGCCCAAGAGCCACGAUGAUCGGGGCGUUUUUCCCCAUGAAGAAACUGCGCCGGCACGGCAAAUACGUCCUGUUCGGAGCGGCUCUGCUGAUCGGACUGGUGGCCGUCUACCAUGAGAUCGUGGCCGCGAAAGCGUGGAGCGACACGGGUUUGAACUUUGACACUGGCAGCAACUGGAGGAGAGCCAUGUUCGACCAAAAGGUAGUGAAGAGGGGGCAUCAGCCUGACUCUGUGCCAGACUCAGCUGCUUGGAUCUCCAGCUAUAACCCACAAAGCUGGAAACCAGAGUUUAAGGGGAAGGCCAACCUGCAUGUGUUUGAGGACUGGUGUGGCAGUUCUACAGCAGACCUGCGCGAGAAUCUUCAUUAUCCAUUAUAUCCCCAUUCCAAGACUACGGUGCAGAAACUGGCUGUCUCUCCUCAGUGGAUCAACUAUGGGCUCAGGAUAUUUGGUUAUAUACACCCGUACGCUGAUGGGGACUUUGUGUUUGCUGUGAGUUCUGAUGACAACUCUGAGUUGUGGCUCAGCACCGAUGACUCCCCAGUCAACUUGCAGUUGAUGGCAUGGGUUGGAGAGAGUGGCAAAGAGUGGACAGCACCCGGCGAGUUUGAAAAGUAUGCCAGUCAGACCUCCAAACCAGUUAGGCUAUCUGCUCAGAAGAGAUACUUUUUCGAAGUUAUCCACAAGCAAAACGACAGAGGGACUGACCAUGUGGAAGUGGCAUGGCAGCUCCUGGACCAUGGCUUUAGGUUUACGGUUAUUGAGUCCAAGUACAUCUCCCUCUAUGCUGAUGAGUCGGCUCUGCUGAUGAGUGAUGUUGCCCACAUACCACAGACAGCUGCAAGCCACAAAAAGGCCCCCACAAAACGGCACAGUGCUGCUGCCGACAUGCUGAGAGACGAUCCACGAGAUACGUUCUAUAAAGUGCCUCUGAUCAACAGCAAGUUCAUCCAAGGUGUUCUGCCCGACUGCUUAUACAAACCCAGCUACACAAUCAGAAACUUUGUCCUGCAACGUUACCAGGGCCUGGAGUUUAUCCACAUUUCCUACGUUUAUCCAAAUGACUAUACCCGACUCACACACAUGGAGGACGAGGACAGCUGCUUCUACCCUAACGCCCGGUACUACAGGAGAAUGUCUGGUUUCUCUAGAUAUAUGACAUUCGAUCAGCCUGGUAUGCAAAACAAGGGAAACCAAGGUUUUGGUUUCCAGAAGAAGAGAUCGGCCCACAGGGAGAACAGCUUUGAUCAGGCUGAUUGGAGGGAUGCAGAAGCCCGGCUGAAACAACCUGAUAAUGCCUUAUUUCCAGAUUAUGGGGAUGACUACGAUGAUUAUGUUCAGAGACGCAGACGCAAACUCUUUUCCUUGGUCCCUCAUGAGACUAUUGGCGCUCUGAACUCCACUCAUACAGGAUCGUCCACAGAGAAGUCGCAGAACGGACAAAAGAGAGCCUCAGUGCAAAUGAAAGCCCUAAACCACCUGCAGCACAACAGGACAGAGUUCAAGCAAGAGGCCUCGGUAAGGAACGUGAAACCAGUUAAACAAAAAGGAAGUGGAAGGUUAGCAAAAAGACAUAAAAUGAAAUCAUCAGGUAGGUCAGUAGACACAAAUGCACAGGUGCUAGCUGGCAAAGAGCAACUCAAAGCCAAGCAACAACCAGCGGAUGGACUGGAGAAACUUGACUCCAAACAGAAUAUGAUCCAGAGGAACCAGAAGAGGAAUCAAACUCAAAUCCAGACAACCACCGACUUUCCGCUUCCAAAAACAAAUGGGGAUGUUUCACCUGCAAAAGAACACAUAUUUCCCUAUCAGCAAAGGCUUGUAACCAGGCAGAUGGAGUCCAACCUGCACAACGCCAGGCAUUUUACAGCCCCCCAAAGGGAAGCUAAAAACUUUAAAGUGAGGUCCAAAAAAUCGGAAACAGAUCCAAGAAAAGGUCCUAAGGUGAUAGUGAACAGGAACCGGACGGACAAGAAGUUCCACGUUUUAAACAGAGCAGGCAGAAGAAGAGUCUCUCUGAGAGACGAACAAGCAACAUUUUCACCUCCAACGGCUGAAACUUCACCACUGGUGUUUGACACUCAAGUCAACUGGAACCAAACCUUCCAGGUGACCCAGCAAAACCUUCAGGGAUGGCGCUCCGAUAUGAUUGACCUGCGCUGCAACAUUUCGGGAAACUUGCUGCUCAGCUCCAGUGAUGCUUUACCCAUUGUUGAGACUUUCAUGGAGCAUCUGAAUACACAGCAUAAUGGGCGGUUCACUCUGAUGCGCGUCAUUAACGUUGAGAAGCGUCCGGACGGUGCUCAGGGCAGUCGCUACCUGCUGGAGCUGGAGCUGAAAGAUGCCAACGGCCAGCUGCUGCGUCUGGCGCAAUACAUCUAUGCUCUGAUUCGCCACAGCAGACAACACAGUAGAGACUUCAACUUCAUGCUGUCGAAACCUCAGCUGGUUCAGUGCAACCCGGUGGGCUUUCGCUGGAAUCCAGAUGCUAUGGUCCACUUCGUGGUGCCUGUGAAAAAUCAGGCUCGUUGGGUGCAGCAGCUGAUUAACGAUAUGGAGCAACUGUUCAGAGAAACGGGAGACACGAACUUCAACCUCAUCAUUACAGACUACAGCAGCACUGACAUGGACGUUCGGAAGGCCCUUCAGAAAUCCUCCCUCCCCAGGUACCAGUAUGUGAAACUGAGUGGGAACUUCGAGCGCUCGGCUGGCUUACAGGCAGGAAUCGACCAAAUAAAUGAUGACCACAGCAUUGUGUUCCUUUGUGAUCUCCACAUUGUUUUUCCUCCAUCAAUCAUUGAUACCAUUAGGAAGCACUGUGUGGAGGGAUACAUGGCUUUUGCCCCCAUAGUCCUCAGACUGGGCUGUGGAGUUACACCGUUUGAGGCCAGAGGUUACUGGGAGGUGAACGGCUUUGGAUUGCUGGGAAUCUACAAAUCUGACCUUAUUGCAGUUGGAGGGAUGAACACCAUGGAAUAUAAAGAUCGCUGGGGAGGAGAAGAUUGGGAGCUCCUCGACAGGAUCCUCCAGCGUGGACUGGAAGUGGAGAGGAUCUAUUUGAGGAACUUUUUCCACCACCAUCACUCCAAACGGGGCAUGUGGAACCGGCGGAUGUCAGCAAACCACAAGUGACCUGGUCACUUGCUGCCGCAUCAUGACAUCGCUAUAGUUACAACCAUGGCAACGAAAGCACUUUAAGGCCAGACCAUGACUUGUGUCGUGUGUUUGAAACACCUGCUGACCCUCGAUCGGAGAAGGUGACACUGGACUGGGUGCCUCCUUCCUUUGCUCAGGAUACAUUGCAGGUGGAAGCAGUGACCACUGCUCAGCUUUUCACUGGAUAUGCAGCAGACUACUCAAGAGGGCACAGGCUGAAGAGCUCCACAGACUUUUAGAUUAUAUAUGUGAAGAUACUGCCGAGAACAUUGUUAUUGACGAAAGCCCUGAUCUGCACUACAGGCUGCAAAAAAAAAGAAAGAAAAAAAAGACUCAAACCAGAAGACAAACUUAACUUUUGAGGCACAUGCCAGAGAUGUAUUGACACGCACAGAUGUGGUGUGUCAUGUAUCAUUAAUGUCAGUCCUGCACAUGAUUCUGACUCGGUCUUUAUUCCGUUUUUGGGAAUAAUAUCUGCGAUUUUUGUGGUAUUGCAAAUUUCAGAAGAAUUCAUAUUCAUAACAUUUUGUUUUUUAGGUUAUUUGAUUUUAUGUCCAGUCAAAAAGAUAUACCUCAGUUUACUUUUUUUAAGUACUGUCCUCUUUUUAUUCUCAUCUCAACUAAACGGGGGUUCUCCUCUGCUGGGAGGGACAUUCAGUCACUGAGGGCUGUUUUUCCAGAAAGUUGGGACAAGACUUAAUAUAAAAUAUUUAAGUCUCAUAAAUGCUUUCUUAAUUGAUUUGAAUAAUAUGCAAGGGUUAUUUAUAGUCAAUUCAAUUUAGUCAAAUGCACAAACAGUUUUAAUGUGUGGAAAGUCUGAACUGGUGUGUUGUUGGAACAGUUCAUAUGCCAUUACUCAGGUGUAUUUUACAGUGAGAACGGCUCAAAUUUGAGAAGUUAGAAGGUCCUAUAUUAUUUUCAGAACAGAGAAAAAUCAAACAUUAUGUUUUAUGUUUUAAAUAAGACUAUAUGGAAAAACUGAAGGGUUGUUUUUUUUGUUUUUCCUCAUGUUGCUGCUUUACAUAAAAUAUAUGUUCCUUUUAAAUUGUUAGUGAACUUGGUGAGUAGAUGUAGUGUGUGAAAAAAUCUAUUUAUAUUUUUCAAAAUUGAGGUAAAUGGCAACAUUUUUUUUACUCUUCACAUUCCAGUUUUGUGACAUUGUGCCUUUCAUUUUAGUUGUUUGACAAUGAAUGCAUGUCAUCUCACUUGUUGGUAAGGAUAGGGAACACUUCUGCUCAUUGCUGGUCUCUGACCUUGAUGCUGAUUUUGGUUUCUAACACUUUUUAGGGGAGUGGGAUUUGAUUUUAAGUUGUUUUUGUUUCGUUUUAACCAAUAUUUGCUUGCCUGAAUGUCUAAUGUUCUCUUUUUACUUCGUUACACUUCUGAGUUUACUUUGAAAAUAAGUCAUUUUUAGUCAUAGUUUAUUUCUCAAUUUCUGCCAGACUUUUCUCUAUUUUACUGUGGGGUUGUGGAGUCUUUUCUCUCAGGGACAUGCUGUAGAGCCUUAAAUUAUAGGAAUAAACGUAUUUUCCUGCUAAACUAAAUCACUUCCUUGUUUACAUUUCUAUGUCCUUUAAUGUGAUCGUUUAAGCUGUUUUUGAAAGAAAUGCAAAUUGUAUACUGAGACAAACAAACACAUGCAAAUUCUGGCUGCUCUUUAAGUUGAGGCUUCAUGAACUGUUUUACAGGUGUGAUGUAUCUUGCCUGAGAGCAGGAACACUGGUUUGAUAUCUUCUGCAUACAUCCUCUGAACAACUUUGGUCUGGUAUCUGGAAACCUGUUAAACAUGCUAGUUAAUAUGAGAGGGUAAUGUGCUGCUUCAUGUUCAGAUCCUGAUCCAGAUGUUGUACCUUGUGCCAUUAUGUGGGAUCUGAAAGCCACUCUGCUUGCCAGUGUGACUAAUGUGUCACACAUUCACAGCAGAGAAUGAAUAUAAUUUUAUUAGUAAAUUGUAAAGAAACUUCUUACAAUGGAUAUCUACAAUUGAAGUUUACAAGAUCUCUUGCUCAGACUGUACUAAAUCACUAAAGUGCACAAAGGAUUUUGAUAUUGGUUUUUUUUAGGAAUUUCAUGAAUGGGGCGCUAUCGAUUUAGUCUGUUUUUUAGUGAAUUUAGGAAGAAGCCGCAUUAGCAUUUCACAGUAAAUUUAUGCAACACAAUGUCCUGAAUCACCCCCCAUUUCUUAUGUUUUGCCUCAUAGCCCAGACUUCCUUAGAAUUAUUGAAACUGAUCUGAGCUCUCACGGUUUCAAGUUGGUCUUUUAAUUAUUUUAAAACUUGUUCUUUUACCUGAAUAUUUUCAGAGGAAUGUUUAGUGUCCCAUCACUGUUGUGCA